GGCAUAAGCCAUGGAACAGUCAUCCGAGCCACUCAUGGACACGCUCUUUGCAUCACAGAGCACUUCUGAGAACCAGAAAAUUCUUGUUCAUCCAGAUGGUAGAGGGUACAACAUCCAUUUGCAAGUCAAUGGCAUAUUACAGCGGCCAAACUUAGUCCGUAUGAUGAGGAAAGCCGGCGCACAUCCCAGUCGCCCAGAGGAUGCAGACAUAAUUCUCGUUGAUUCUUCACAACUCGACGGGAAGCGUCUCAUUCGCACCUGGCAUCAGACCCCAGAAAAAGCCGUCCUUGAAUUUCAAUGGCUACGUAAGAGUAUCGAAGCCAGGAAACCCCUCCUCGAAGUUGAUGGCUGGGCUGGGGCACAAACUCUGGAUGAUGGCAAACCAAUCGUCAUCGACGACAUUCCAGCCGAUGGUGAAGAAGCCGAGGUCGAACAACUCGUCUCAAAGUCAAAUCCGUUACCUACGCCCCGCAUUACGCCUGACGAACCAGUCGCAAAGCAUAUACUCAACCACGUUCCUGCAACUCUGGCUGCUGAUCUCCCUCUGAUCCAGAAUAAUCUAAUUCCACCUCAGUUACCGCAACAAUCUCCACUCGUCGCUCCACAACAUGUACAGCCGCCUUCAGAACAUGUAGGCCAGCCAACGUAUAAUCAUGCACUAAGCAUUUCUCCACCUCUUCAAACAUCCAAUACCCCUCAACCCAUUGCACCACUUCAGCAAUUCAUUCCAUUGCCUUACAAUUCUCAGGCUCCUCAGGCUCCUCCACAAACCCAAUUAGCACAACCCUCCACGCCAGCACCAUUUCCGCAUGCCCAGUUUUCUCAAGUUUCUCAGUUCUCUCAACCACAAUUUUCGCAAGCUGCAUCGUUCUCUCAACAAUUCCCUAUUCCUCCACAACCAUACCUGUACGGCCAAUUUCCUCCCCAACAGCUUCUUCCUGGCCAAAUGCCGUUCAUGUCUCCACCAAUAAUGAUGCCAACAGGAAUGUCGUUCAACAACUUAAGGGACCCACAGAGUUUUCAGAUGCUUAUGACUUUGAUGGAUGUUAUGAGGAACAAUAACGGAGGUGAAUUCUUGCAGGCGGGACAACCCUCGCCCAUGCAUGCCCAACUCGAAGUUUCAUCCAGUGCUCCGACUGCCAUUCAUCGCGAACAGACGCCAGAUUCAAUGGUUGCUACAGACCUACCCUACCCUCCUUCAUCAUCAUCUUAUAAAUCACGCAGUGGAACUCCCGAAGUUCGUAUGUCGAAACGUUCGGAGAAACAACCUCGUCCUUCCGCACGCAAACCUCGCCCCGAUGCAUUCUCACGCUCACCGUCUCGGAUUUUAUUGCCUCCUUCAGGGAAGCGCAAAGCUAAUUACGAGGCAAUCCCACCCGGAAAAACGCCUAACAAACGAUCUCUCAAGGGCAAGGAACGUGCUGUGACACCUGAUGAAUCUGAUGGUGACGAAGAUGCCCCUCCUAUUGGUUCAGAUGGCAUAUUUGAGCAGUCUCUACCAAGCUCACACGACCGCACAAACGCAAGAAAGAACCCUGGAGAGGUAUUCCUCGGCGAUCGAGGGCGGCCUCUGACAUUCUUUGUGCAGGUUGAUCUGCAGGGGCGAUCAGGAGUCGUUUCGAACAUCAAGAAGAAUAAAGGCAAGGUCAUUGGGAGUAUUGCAGAUGCAGAUUAUGUCAUCCUCUUCACGCGCUCGCAAACAUUCCAGGGGCUCUUGAGUGAGGCUCAGGCUUGCGGCAAGGUUCCGCUCCAGUCAUCGUUCGUUGCCGACUGCAUCGCUGAGAACAUGCUGGUGGAUGAAACCGAGUACACGCUCGACGGAGGUGUCUAUGUUAAACAUUCGAAGCGUGGAAGGGGACCUACAUUUUAUGAAUUCGUGCAGGUGGAAGCUCCUCUUUCCAUCAAGAAAGAGAAUCGGAAAUCUGCGUCAGAUAUCAAGCCAAAGCCAAAGCCAAAGAAGGUCACGCCUGCAGAGACGCCGACAAAGAAAGUGACAAAGAGAUCUGCACCCACUUCCCCGGGAAUAUCGGCGGCACCCCCGCUACCUUCCUCGAAAGAGGCAAAGUCCCAUCAUGCACAACGGUCUCCUACUCCCCCUCCUCUAGAGACGCGCAAAACCAUGAGAGAUGGAAAGUUUUACUUCACACAGCCAGAAAUGGAGUACUUCUGUCGAUAUGCUCAAUUCCUGCUGAAUGAAGAUCCCACGAUGUCCACCGCGGUCCUCCUUCAAGCUGUGCACAAAAAGAUGCCCCAUCACUCGGUUGGGUCUUGGCAGAUGCAGACGUCGUUGAAAUUGAAAACGCAACUUACUGACAUCCGCAAGAGGGCAAAUAUUGCGUUUCGCAAGUCUAUGCCUGGGAAUAUUGACAAACCAACCGGGGAGGAAAGGCCUGGCCCGUCGAAAAAACCUCGAUUAGCUGCAUUGCCGACUUCUCCUACUGAAUCACAAGAAAAUUUGGAACGAGAGGAUUUUGAGGUAAUCUGUGAAUUCUUUGCCAAUGGUGGAGGGGAAGAUGAUGACGACGAGAGGGUGUGGGCAAGGUUAUCACAACAUCAACCUUGCAAAAGCGCGAGGUCUUGGCCGGAGUAUUACACGGCUCACCAGAGUGAAGUCUAUGCACAUAUCGAGGAGCUUGUGCGUCCCUCCACCUAGUUAAAAAACCAUCAGCGACUUUGUGAUUUUUUGAUCAACCGUUUUGUCAUGUUGUAUCCCCACGCAUGUCCGUUGAAUUCACUUAGAAUGCAUCUCAAAAGUGUGA